AUUUGUGUUGUCACCCCUGUGUCCCUCUGAACAAGUAAUGGGUGCUGAGCUGACAAUGGCCUGGAUUCAUGGACAAGUUUAAGAGGAUAGGUUGGCUUUAGAGACAACCACAUCAUUGUCACCCAUCCCCUCAUCGUUCUCCUUCCCCUAAUUCCCCCGGUAGAGUUCAGAUUCCUUCGCUGCAACCAUGGUGGUGAUGAAGAUGAAGUUCCCCUUUCAGAAAAGGGUGAAGCUGGCCCAGGGACUGUGGCUCCUCUCCUGGGGUGCCACGGUGGCUGGAGCUUUGACCUUCAGCCUGGGCUGCAUCCUCAAGACCGAGCUUCACAGGAGGGCGGAGGUAAUGGAUAACUCAGACAUACAUGUGGUGCCUAACACCCUCAUCAUUGUUGGUCUAGCCUCUUUGGGAAUCAACUACUUUGCUUCAAAGAUCUGCCAGGAUGCUCUGGAUGCCGGCAGAUUUCCCCGCUGGAAGACCUUCCUGAAGCCAUAUUUUGCUGUCUCUUCUUUCUUCACCGUGCUCAUGCUGCUGGGGGUCAUCAUGAGCUACGCAAUGACAGGCAGUCUGGAGUCUUCUCUGAAGGGCGGCCUGAGGAACGGCAUUCGCUUCUACAAGGACACAGACACACCGGGCCGCUGCUUCCAGAAACAGAACAUCGACCAACUGCAGAUGGACUUUCAGUGCUGUGGAAACAAUGACUUUAGGGACUGGUUUGAGGUCCAGUGGAUCAGCAACCGAUACCUCGAUUUCAACUCCAAGGAAGUAAAGGAUCGCAUCAAGAGCAAUGUGGACGGCCGUUACUUGGUUGAUGGAGUCCCAUUCAGUUGCUGCAAUCCCAGCUCCCCACGGCCAUGUAUGCAGUAUCAACUCACCAAUAACUCAGCUCACUACAACUAUGACUACCAAACCGAGGAGCUCAACAUCUACCUCCGAGGCUGCAGAGAGGCCCUGGUCACCUACUACAUGGGCCUGAUGAACACCAUCGGGACUGGAGUGCUGUCAGUCUUCCUCUUACAGGGCUCUGUGUUGGUGAGCUUGCGGUUCCUGCAGACUUCCAUGGAGGCAUUGGCAGGGAAGGAAAACACAGAGAUUGAGACAGAGGGGUACUUGCUGGAGAAAGGAGUGAAAGAAACCAUUAUGGAGUACAUGGAUCCUAUAAUGAAAUUCUUGCUGCUCACCAACAAGGUGGAUGAGGGUGCAUCGACUAGUACAGCUGCUGCCAGCUAAACCACAGAGGAUGUGCACACAUGUAAAUAAUGUUUACACAGAGAGGGCAACUUAUGAAUAGUUAUUGAAAUGGAAACACAAUACUGAUGACAAAUGUUCUAUGAUUCAAAAAAUAAGAGACAAUAUUUUUUAUGUCAGAUGUCCAACACAGGAGAAGUGAAUGUGUACUAAAUAACUGUAUAUUCCUAUUCGAAUUCUAUGCACUGAACUCAACACUAUAAACUAUAAAGCUUUAUGAAAAAAUCCCAGGAAGUACCUGUUAACCCAUGGUUUUACUUUUUUUCAUGCACUUGUCAAUACACCUUAUAAUUAAUAACAUACUUAAAGGCACAUAGCAGAUCACAUAUAUACAACUGAUAACCCUUUAUUGUUAUAUGUGUUUCACAAAAACACAAUAAUCCUUUAAUUUCCUUUGAACAUGUUGUUCAUUGGUUGAUUUCUGUCCUUGUCAAGAUGUAUUAAAAGAACUCCUGAAUCAGUCAGCAGGUAAACAUUAAUGUACAACAGUGUACACAUAUGAUGUUUGGUUAUACUGGAAUUAAAUGUGGCUGUAGAGAAAUGAGGCACAAUGCUCCUUUGUGUUACUAAGGAACAGUACAACAAAUGACUUAUUAAACUUUGGAGCUACUAAUUGCCUUAUGAAGUGUAGUAACUCAUUGACUCUUUUUGCCUCAUCAUAGCACACGCAGCUAUCUCAAACGUCAUCUGUUAGAAUUCACCUUCCAUAACAGAACC